AUGGGAUGCACUAUCUACGCUGCCAGCCCUAAGGCCCUGCCCGCCGACGAGGCCCCAGGCCUGGACAGAUACUACCAGCUCCCCCACCUCCGCCACCCUCAUGGUAACUGCGGUCAGAGGAUAGCAGCCGGCAGAGCCAGGGCCAGGAGCAUGACUGAUCAGCCGGAGCAGAGCGAAGAAACAGGCCUGCUCUCAACACAGGACCUGGACCACUCCAAGGACGAAGACACACACGGCCACUUCAGGUUUCAGCUGAUCGAAGACCUGUCCUAUGAAGAUGUGAAGAAAUGUUACCGGGGCUCGACUGUCAGCAAGUACAACUCGCAGUACCACAAACUGUUCCAGUGUGUGCCCAAGGAUGAGAUCCUCAUGAAAGUGUACUCCUGUGCUCUUCUCAGAGAUAUUCUUCUACAAGGCCGGCUCUAUAUUUCCAGAAAUUGGCUGUGUUUCUAUGCCAACCUCUUUGGCAAAGACAUUAAGGUGGCUAUCCCUGUUGUUUCCGUGAGGUUGGUGAAGAAGCACAAAACAGCGGGCCUUGUGCCCAAUGGCUUGGCUAUAACCACGGACACCGGCCAGAAGUAUGUAUUUGUAUCUCUGCUGUCAAGAGACAGUGUAUAUGAUGUCCUUCGUAGGAUCUGCACUCACCUACAGGUCAAUGGGAAGAGUCUGAGCUUGAAGCAGUUCAUGGAGAAGCCAACCUUAUCUCUGGAUGAGUUCCCAGUUCCAGACGAGUUCCCAGUGGUUGACGAAUUCCCAUCAGUGUUAAAGUGGAGAAGGAAACCCUCAGUGGUGUCUGUGUCAUCCUCCCUUCCUGACCUCCUGGGGAACUCCCCCAGCAGCCUGAGCGCCGUAGACACACCCUUCAAAUUGGAACAGCCGCUGGAAGAGCGAGCUCUGCAAACAGACCGAGGUCUUUUAUCAGAGCCACUGGCAGAGCUGGGCCAGAUGGAGUACCAGCUGCUCAAGUUCUUCACCCUGCUAAUUAUUCUCCUCAUCCUGUCAUCGUGCUACCUGGCCUUUCGUGUGUGCAGUCUGGAGCAGCAGCUGUCCUUCCUCAGUAACCCAAAUCUGCCCCUGAGAGAGAGGUAACCACUGCUCUCCGCUGUGACCCAUUGGAUUAGCGGCUGUUUUCUCUUCUCAUGGUUUGAGCUGAUGAUGCCCACCUGCACAUAUCCAGGACCAGCUUUAGAAACCCGAGUCCAGGCAUCUUACAGACCUUCCCCUCCGCGGAAUGACUUCCGAUUUAGUGAUCACUUCCAGACUAUGCAAACAGACUGUCUGUCUAUUUAUUUCUGGAUUUAUAGUAAAUUUUACUGUAGAUUAUGAUUGCCUACCAUAGCCUAUCCCUCUCACAGACAUUUCAUCUUUACCUACACAAAAGUGUAAAACCUCCAUACCCUAAAAUAGUGAGCCGAUUGCCGUUGAAGCUGCUGUUUGUGACACUGAUGAAGUGAAGGAGUGGUGAUGGAGACUAGAGAUGAAGUUGGAGUUGGAUGAUGGAAAGGUAAGAGAUAAUUCAACACAUUAAUUACUUGAAAAGACAGAUAGUAAAGAUAUUUAAGGUGUGUUAUAAUAUUCAACAUAUUCUGACUGACAAGUGGACUAAACCAAAUGUUUGGUUGUUUUUUUUUCUGGUGAGAUCUUGGCAUAGCCCCCUAGACUAUAAUUGUUAUUUUUUUACAGUCUAUGCAUAGCCCUCAGUCGGACGGCUAAAACAAGCUACGACAAUGCACUUUUUUAAAAAUAUGUCCACAUUAUUUCAAAUGUAUGUAACAGUUUUAAGAGUUUAGAUCUAUUUUUUGUGCUAGGUAAUAGGUACCCGAUUGUCAUUUUUGAGGGUAUUUAUGGAAGAAAGUCCUGCUGUGACCACAGACACUUGUCAUUUAACUGUAAUAUACUGGAGCGAUAACACCACCUGUGGGUGUGAACUAUAAUGUGAAUGAGAUGGUUAGGUGACAUGCAUACUUUUUGUUUUUAGUUGUACUGAUCAGCUGUGUAAAUGAGGUUUUUCUUACAUUAUACAUUUCAAAAGAAAUCACCAAAAACUUAAAAAUCAUACGUUGAGGUGAUUAUAUCGUUGUCUGAAGAUAUUUAAUGCCCUUUUGAGAGAGAGAUGGGUGAAAUGUUGUCCCAGACUAGUUUGUGAAAUUGA